AUGAAUUCUGAAGCAACUUCCAACACAAUCACAUCGGAGAUAUUAAAAGAAAUAUGUCGUUUAUGUACAAAAUCAAAUCGAAAAUUAUGUAAUAUAUUUACUGAACAUUGUAAUUUAGAUUGUUCAAUAUCUGAAGCUGUAAUGGAGUGUAUUCCCAUCAACCUUUCCCCAUCUGAUGGCUUACCAGAUUCCGUAUGUAGUCAUUGCAUAUCAAAAUUAUACACGGUAUACAAUUUUCGUAUGCAAUGCCUGGAUUCGGAUCUCGUUUUAAAAGAAUAUCAAAAUGCUAUAUUGUUAGUUGGGGACAAAGAAAAUUUAAAAUUAGAAUUAAAAGAAGAAAAUGGCGAAGAUGAAAGCUUAAUUUGCGAUGAAACGAAUAAUUUUCAAGAGGAUCAGUAUUAUAUAGCAGUGAAAUGUGAUGAAACAGAUUCACAAUUAAUCAACUUAAACGAAUCAAAGCUAAAAGAUGAGGACAAUUUUAAAGAGGAAGAAGAUAAUGGUAUCUCAGAUGAUAAAAGUGAAGAAGCAUGUUCCGAUUCACAAAAACCACGAAGAACCAAAAAACGUCGUAAAAUCGACGACGAAACUCAAGAUGAGACGAAUCCUCCGUGUUGUAAACAAUGCAAAAUGACUUUUGUAAGUCAUACAAAUUUAAUACGUCAUUUAACAACGCAUAGCGGAGAAAAACCAUACAGUUGCGAGGUUUGUGAUAAAAAAUUUGCCACUCCAGCUUAUGUAAAAUCUCACAUGGUAAUUCAUUCCAAGGAACGUAAAUAUUCAUGUGACAUUUGUGGUAAAACAUUUAUGUUUAGUAGUGAUUUAACAAUACACAUGCGUAAACACACCGGUGAACGACCUUAUGUAUGUGAAACAUGUGCAAAAGGUUUUGUCUCAUCGAGUGCUUUAAAUGCACAUCGCUUCAAACAUGGUCCAAAAAGAUUCUUUUGUUGUGUUUGCAACAAAGGAUUUACCUACAAAUUAGAAUUAGGAUCACAUAUUUUGAUACAUAAAAAAGAUAAAUUUAUCAUUUAUGAUAACGAUCGUAAAGUUAGUGAAAAUCAAAUAGAAGAUGAUAAAACAGACGAAUUAGUUACAGCGUUAAAUAAAAAAGAUCGCCCUCCAGUGACAAUUUCUCGUGAGAAUUAUGAGCAAUUUUUAGAGGAAAUUGAAAAGUUACAAAAAAAUUCAAAAUCACAGGAAUUUGUAUGCGAUGUUUGUGAUAAAGUAUUAUCGUCGUGUAGUAACUUAUAUCGACACAAAUUAAUACAUUCAGGUGUAAAACCCCACGUUUGUGAAAUAUGUAACAAAGGUUUUAAAUUAAAAGUGGAUUUAGUGAAUCAUAAAAAUCGUCAUUUAGGUAUCCGAAAUAUACCAUGUGAGUAUUGUUCGAAAAUGUUUGCAUCACGUAGCGAUUAUGGUAAACAUGUAUCGACCCAUAUGAAUCAUAAACCGUUUAUUUGUGAUGUUUGUAGUAAAUCGUAUUAUAAUGUGUACGCGCUUAAUUAUCAUAAAAAACAGCAUAUGCAUCCGUUUAAGUGUAAUCAUAUUGGAUGCUCAAAAUCUUAUCCUAGUGAAGAAAAAUUGUUGAAACAUUUAAAAGUACAUGAUGAAUCUAAACGUAAAUAUCGUUGUGAAUUAUGUGAUAAAAUAUUGAGUAAUAUGAAUUCCUUAGCGCGCCAUGUACGUAAAGUGCAUAAGGAUGAAAUGCCGAAAAUAAGCGAGGAUUUUAAUAUUGUAACGAAUGAUUAAUUAAAAUAACGAAAUGUUAAUUUAUUAUUACUCUUAUUAUUAUUCUAGGUUUCUGUUAAUAUUACGCCUGGAAUACUUAUUUACUAAAUCAAAGUCUGACGAUUAAGCUCAAAUAAAGCACGAAGUAAUUAGUUUGUUUAUUAUAAAAACAGGAUCUUCCAUUAUGA